GAAACCUGAAAGUUACUCUUUAAUGCUUUUAGUAUACCAGAAGCAUGGGUGAUGGUGUGGUAAAAAAUGGUGCAUACAAAUAUGAAGAUGGCACAAAAUACAUUGGAGACUGGAAUGGAAAAGGCUUGAAACAUGGUGCUGGUUCUUUGCUACUUCCUGACGGAACACGUUACGACGGUGGUUUUCAAAAUGGAUUGUGUUCUGGUUUAGGAGUAAUAGUGUUUCCAGAUGGAGCAAAAUACGAGGGUGAAUUUAUGCAAGGCUGGUUUCACGGCCAUGGUGUAUUUUGGAGAUCGGAUGGUAUGAAAUUUGAAGGAGAGUUUCGCGGCGGUCGUGUAUGGGGCCUAGGAUUGGUCACGUAUUCCGACGGAUCUCAUGGAUUUCCUAGAAACGAGGGUUUCUUUCAAGAUUGUAAACUGGUACGUCGUAAACAUUGUCCAGACAUUGUACAAAAGGCACAGAAGAUUUCUAUGAUGGCGCGUGCCCAAUGUAGUUAAAUAUUAGGCGCAUAUAAAAAUGAGUAGUAUCGAAUCUUAAUAAAAGUGAAAUAUUUCAUG